AUGUCCUCUUCCACCCCUCGCAUCGCCAUCAUCGGGGCUGGCCCUGCCGGUCUCUGCCUUGGCCGCCUUCUUCAGCUACAUUCUAUCACCUGCUCCAUCUUCGAGAAAGAUACUUCACCCGCCCACCGCGCCACGGCCGGCGGAAGUCUUGACCUUCAUGAGAACUCGGGCCAGGCCGCCUUACGUGAAGCUGGCCUCUGGGACGAGUUUCAGCGCUUCGCUCGCUACGAUGGUCAGGCGUACAUCAUCAGUGAUGACACGGGCCGACGUUACGUCGACAUGGGCGCGAGCGAGGACCUCGGGCGCCCGGAAAUCGACCGCCCGCACCUGCGCCGCAUGCUGCUCGAAUCACUCGAACCCGGCACCGUGCGCUGGGGGCAUAAGUUGUCGCGGGCAGAGCUGGACGGCACCCUUCAUUUCGAUGUCACCACCACCACCACCGAAGACAACAGCAGCACUAGCACAAGCACCAUCGAGCGCGGCUUCGACCUCGUCGUCGGGGCCGACGGCGCGUGGUCCAAGAUCCGCUCCCUCCUCACCACCGUCCCGCCCUUUUACUCUGGUGUGACGGGCUACGAGCUGUGGCUGGCGAACGACGUCGACACGGCGCACCCGGCCGUGUCGCGGCUGGCGGGCGACGGAUCCCACUUCGCCUUCGGCCGCGCCGAUGAGCGGUGUUUGGUGAUGCAGCGCCAGUCGGACCGCAGCGUGCAGAUCUACGCCUUCCUGCGCAAGCACGCCGACUGGCACGAGCGGAACGGCGUCGCGGACCACGCGGACUUGGAGCAAGUCAAGCGCUGUCUGCGAGAGGAGUUUAAGGAUUGGGCGCCUGAGUUUGGGCAGGUUGUUGAGGCGGCUGGUGAGCCGGUCAUCCCGCGGAAGCUGUAUAUGGUGCAUGUGGGUACGAGGUGGCUGCAUCGGAAGGGCUUUACGGCUAUUGGUGAUGCGGCGCACCUCAUGACGCCGUUUGCGGGUGAGGGCGUCAAUCAGGCGUUGCAUGAUGCGUUGCUGUUGGCGAGAGAGAUUGGGAAGGCGGUUGGUGGUGAGGCAGUAGACGGGGUAGACAAGGCGGCGGAGAGGUAUGAGAAGGAUAUGUUUCCUCGCGCUCGCGCGUUCAUGCAGUCGACGUGGGAUAGCGUGAUGGAGAGGUACGAGCCGGAUGGAAAUGAGAAGUUUGCUGAGGGGUUCAGGAGACUGGCUGAGGAGAGAAAGAAUGGCGGGACUGAUGGGACGGCGCCAGAUGGGUUGUUCAGGAGGGAGUAG